AUGGCCGGUCCCGAAACCAAAAAGGUCGCCGUCAACGGCAGCACGUCCGGCUAUAACCCAACAACACAAGACCAAAUCAACCACGCUCUAGUAGACGGCGGCGGCGUCAAACGAAUCCAGGAGACCUUCGAACGCCGAUUAGACGAAGCAGGAUGGACACAACAUGUACGCGAUUAUGUUGAAAAGCUAUUCCGGAGUGGAGAGGCAACGACGUACGAUGAGGCUUUGAGGGCCGUGUCGCAGCUUGUUUCGCUGCAGUCGCCGAAUGAAGAGACCAAGAGCACUACGAAUGGAGGCAAUGUGCCGGAUCUCACUAUCCCAAAAGAGGUGGCUAGGGAUGCGGCGGAAAGUGUGAAGAAGGAGCUGAGGCAUGUUGUCGAGAUGAAGUGA